CUAUUUAUUUUGUGUAAUAAUUCUAUCUAUUUACUAUGAUUGAUAGCCAAGUAUAAAUACUGUACCUUUAGUCACACUGUUCCAGAUUUGCCUCUGCAUUUUCUUGCCCAAGAUACUGGGUUGAGCAGGUGCACAUAUUUAAAACUGGCUGUGAGGUCAACGUCAGCCAUUUCAGCUGCACGGGGACCAACCUGUGAAUUGGGGGCUUUACUGAAAUUCUCGUGGUCUACCCUGGUUGCUCAUUGUCUUCAAAAUGUUUUGUGGAGAAUACGUCCAAGGAACCAUCUUCCCAGCUCCAAAUUUCAACCCUGUGAUGGAUGCCCAAAUGUUAGGGGGAGCACUCCAAGGAUUCGACUGCAACAAAGACAUGCUGAUCGACAUCCUAACAAAACGCAGCAAUGCGCAGAGGCAGAUGAUAGCUGGAGCCUACCAGAGCAUGUAUGGCAGGGACCUGAUUGCUGAUCUGAAGGAGCAACUUUCAUCUCACUUCAAAGAAGUGAUGGUGGGCCUGAUGUACCCCCCACCAUCUUACGAUGCUCAUGAACUCUGGCAUGCCAUGAAGGGUGCAGGCACUGAUGAGAAUUGCCUCAUUGAAAUAUUAGCUUCAAGAACAAAUGGGGAGAUUUUCCAGAUUCGAGAAGCCUAUUGUUUACAAUACAGCAAUAACCUUCAAGAGGACAUUUAUUCAGAGACCUCGGGACACUUCAGAGAUACUCUCAUGAACUUGGUUCAGGGGACCAGGGAGGAAGGAUACGCAGAUCCUGCCACGGCUGCCCAGGAUGCGAUGGUCCUGUGGGAAGCCUGCCAGCAGAAGACAGGGGAGCAUAAAACCAUGCUGCAGAUGAUCCUGUGCAACAAGAGCUACCCACAGCUAUGGCUGGUUUUUCAGGAAUUUCAAAGUAUUUCUGGCCAAGACAUGGUAGAUGCCAUCAAUGACUGUUAUGAAGGCUACUUUCAAGAGCUGCUGGUUGCAAUUGUUCGCUGUGUCCAGGACAAAGCAAGCUAUUUUGCUUAUAAAUUAUAUAGGGCAAUCCAUGACUUUGGUUUCCAUAACAAAACUGUCAUCAGGAUUCUAAUAGCCAGAAGUGAAAUCGACCUGAUGACCAUAAGGAAACGUUACAAGGAGAGAUUUGGAAAAUCCCUGUUUCAUGAUAUCAAAAAUUUUGCUUCAGGACACUACGAGAAAGCACUGCUUGCCAUCUGUGCUGGUGACGUGGAAGGCUACUAAAGUCAGCAAAGAAGCAGGGGGUUAAAGAUCUGACGACACUCUUUACAGACACCUCAGAUACAGACAGAUGAAUCUGUGCUGACAUCAACACUGAGACUAAACUCUAGAAUCGUAUUCCUCUCCUAUCUCUAAGAUCAUUCUGAGACGAAAAUAUCUACUGUUGCAAAUAUGUAAUCCAGGAUUUGAACCCCUUCCUCAAUUAGCAGUGAAAUAAAUUGUGGCGGAAUAAGAAA